ACGAUUAAAUCAAUCUUAAAGGUAAGACUUGCCUAAGUUGUUUACAAAGGAAAGAUCAAAUAUAAAAAAUUAGAAACAAGUUAUUUUAUGAAUUAUUGUUGGUGUAAUUUGAUUUUGAAAGCUUCACUCAUCAGUCAACUCUCAUCGUUACAAGUUUUAACGUAACCUUAACCAGUAAACAGUUUUUUCCUCUAUUUAUUGUUACCAUACCAACUACAUCAACAAUGGCUUCCCAAGAGGAUUUCGACAAAGCUGCUGAAGAUGUGAAAAAUCUCAAAUCAAGACCAACUGAUCAAGAGUUACUCGAACUGUACGCUCUUUUCAAGCAGGCAUCAGAAGGAGAUUGUAACACUGAUCGACCAGGUAUUUUGGACUUUAAAGGCAAAGCCAAAUGGGAUGCAUGGGAUGCAAAAAAAGGCAUGUCCAAGGAUGAAGCUCGUUCUGCUUAUGUAAACCAUGCAAAGAAAUUGAUUGACAGCUAUGGUCUUCAAUAAGAGCAUUAUGACUGAGCGAAAAAAUGAAAUCAAAGUAAAACUUGCAGGUGCAGGAAGGCAAAAAUUUGGUUAAGUUGGUUUAUCUAUUUAAAAUAACGCUCAAAAGAGUUGGUACUCGAUAGUAAAUUAUCAAUAAAUAAAGAAUCGUUGGUUUUUUAAA